ACUACUAGUCCUUUCUCUGCCUGCGUACUAGUUCUUCUUUCUUCUUUCUUUCUUUCCCUUCUCACAUGCCUAUUUAGGGUUAUUUAUUCUCUCUAUAUAAACUCCAUCUCUCUCUCCAGGAGAUCAUUGGGCUAGCCUCAUAUCUUUGAGAACAUAAAUAUAAACACAAAGAAUCCAACUAUGUCUAGCCGAAGGUCGAGGCAGUCAGGGUCUUCAAGGAUCAGCGAUGACCAAAUCAUCGAACUCGUCUCCAAGCUACGCCAACUAGUUCCUGAGAUGCGACAGAGGCGCUCCGACAAGGUAUCAGCAUCGAAGGUCCUACAAGAGACCUGCAACUACAUCAGAAACUUACACAGAGAAGUGGAUGACUUAAGUGAGCGACUGUCCCAGUUGUUGGCCACCAUUGACGCUGAUAGCGCCGAGGCUGCAAUUAUUAGGAGCUUAAUUAUGCAAUAGACUACAUCCAUUUUUUUUUUUUUUUUGUUUCUUUUAUAUAUAUAUGGAUGGGGUAUUUUCUUCUAUAUAUAUAUAUAUUAUAUAUAUAAAAAUAUAUAUAUAGAUCUUGUAGUACUGGCUUUUCUAGGUUUUGGUCAUGGUCUGAUCAAACAAAGGCUCAUUACGUACGUAAUAUAUUGCGAGGUGUAUUGUGCCUGAUAGGCACUGUAAUUAAGUUGCUAUUAAAUGGACUUGCACUAGCAAAGUCUUUUAUUAAUA